AUGACUCUAAUUGGCAUCGGUGACACUCUUCAACGACGAGUUCUUGUAAAUGCAACUGAUCUCAACAAUAUUCGCAUAUUGGCUAACGAAAUUUAUCCUAUUUUUCCAAAAAUUAUUGAUGAAUUCGAGUUCAGAAUGAUUCCGACCGCUGCAGCAACCCGUCAGGAUUUGAGUGUUGGCAAAUGUUGCACGUUUGAUGACCCAAAACAGUUUAUAAGUCGACCAGAGAAACAUUUGAUCUUCGAUGGACGUUAUUUCCAGAGUUUCAAGUAUUUCAAUCAUAUUCGGCUGAAAAUCCGGGAAUUAUUGAAGCCAAAAGAUCAAAUCUUUCAAAAAGCGGAAUGUUUGCUUCCAGAACGACACAGGAAUGAUUUUAUAAUCUGUCCUCACAUUCGGCGUGGCGAUUUUCAAACCGAUGAUUUCCAUCAACCAACGGAUCCUAAAUUCACACGGGCGGCCACAGACUUUCUUGUGGAUUACUAUCGAAAAUCUCAUCCACGGGUUACUGUAGCAGUGUUCGGGAAUGACGUCAAAUUUGUUUAUGAAGUUUUUAAAGAUCUUUUGGACACUAUUAAUCUGCCCAGAAAGUAUUCGGUCGUCCUCACACCAACUUUGGCGCCAGAAAUCGACUUGGCUUUCACUCGAAAAUUUUGUGACGUCACACUGAUCACAGCACCGUCGUCAACAUUCGGCUGGUGGUUAUCAUAUUUGUCGAAAGAGGGAUCAGUCACUUAUUAUAGAAAUAUUCAGGAGACGCAGGACAAGGUGGCAAAUGAGAUGAAGGAAGAGGAUUUCUAUCCGCCAGAGUGGAUCAAAUUGAGAUAUGACAAUGUUACGGGCAGAAUUGACACAUUUUUCUGA